AUGCGUUUGCACCAUGCAUUGCGGUAUGCAGAUCCAAGAUGGGGUCGUUGCUAUGAAAGCUAUAGCGAGGAUCACAAAAUUGUACAAGCAAUGUCUGAAAUGGUAAUCGGUUUACAAGGGGAGAACCCUAAUCGAAAGGGUGUUCCUUAUGUUGGUGGAAAGGAUAAAGUUUUGGCUUGUGCAAAACACUUUGUGGGUGAUGGUGGCACAGUCAAGGGAAUCUAUGAAAACAGCACUGUGACUGACUGGCACACGUUGCUAAGCAUUCACAUGCCUGCAUACUACAACUCCAUCAUUAACGGCGUGGGAACAAUCAUGGUGUCUUAUUCGAGCUGGAAUGGAGUGAAAAUGCACGCUAAUCGUGAUCUAGUUACCAAGUUCCUCAAGGACACCCUUAAAUUUAGGGGUUUUGUCAUCUCUCAUUAUCAAGCUAUUGACAAGAUCACCACUCCGGUCCUUGCAAAUUACACAUACUCUGUGGAAAAGGGGAUUCUAGUGGGCAUUGACAUGGGUAGUAGUCUCUUCUACAUCAUGGCCAUUUCCAACUAUACGGACUUCAUUGAUAUCGUGACAUCCUUAGUCGAAAAGAAUAUUGUCCCCAUGAGUCGUAUUGAUGAUGCUGUCAAAAGGAUUUUGAGGGUCAAGUUUGUUAUGGGCCUUUUUGAGAAUCCAUUGGCGGAUUUUAGCCUAGUUAAUCAUCUUGGAAGUUAG